AUGGAAUCCGAAACGGCAUCAUUGGAGUCUAUUGCUCUCUCCGAGGCUGAGACGUUUAUUCCCGAAACUCAGCCUGCGAAUGGCUUAAGACUCAGUGAAACAUACCAGGAGAACUUCAGAUCGUAUGCGCCAUUCUUGGUGAGCCGAAGAAACAUCGAGCGUUAUGAUUCCGAAAGCGAGGACGAUGACCGAACUAUGGUUUCCUUACCCGAUGGCCAAACUAUCAUGCAGAGGCCAUCUACUACUUACAAUGACCUAAAAGUCUUGGUGGUGGCUCUGCAGAAGAGUAACAGCCAGAUGUAUGUAUUUCCUGAUGUGCGAGCUUUUGAUACGUUCAAGAAAAAUGAAGGCGACAGACGGAAAGUUCGCAAAAUUUCGAAAUCUCGUCACUCAAAUGGACAGUCUAUCAGAUCUAGUCCUGGGGAGCAGCCGUUGAGAGGCCGGCUUCCAGAUUCCGAUUUGCUGACCGGGAUUUCCGAAUCGGGCUUGCCAGUGUUGGUCGUCGAAGUGCCACACAUGUCAGCUUUUCGCCCAAAAACGCCAUACAUGAUUUUCCGAAAGUACGUCAAAGUAAGACAGUCCAUAAACUCACCGCCCCAUGGCGAACUGACUCAAUUCGAGCUAUCGGAAUUUUGUGCAGUAAAAAUGAAAGUGUUUCAGCACUUUAAAAGGUACAUGUUUGUGUUCCAUCCGGAAGAGGGACCAGUCUUCAAAGUGUGGGCAUUCCAACACAACUACAGGCCAUUCACAGACUUCAAUUAUAAGGAUACGCGUUUCAGAGUAUUCGGGACGUCACGGUCCGUGUCAUACCCUACAUUUUACAAUCCUGAACUCAAACUUCAGGUCAUUGAUCAAGACCAAUCUUCUCUUUUAGACAAUCUCAUAGAGAAAAAGGACGAGAAAAAUUACCGAUCGGGCAGGAAAAAACAUGAGGUAGUUGACUUCGGGGAUCUCGAAAACCCGAUACCAUGCCCAGACAACCCCAUCAUCAAGCAAGUCUUGGAAAACGAGUACUCGUCAUUCCUAAGAAACAGUGUGCCUCAAGAAAUGCCCCCAUUUGGUAAAUUUCUCGCUGGCUCGAACUCAAAAGGAAUCUCCAUGAUUUCAAAAAAAUACUCUGAAAUUGGAAAGAUAGGUGUGUACCAGGACCCGAUAGAGAUGGAAGAGUCCAAUGCUCUGUCCAGCUCGUCAACGCAUCUAGACAGUCUUGUCUUGAGUGCCGUGUUUUUGACAUUGCGAGAGACGAGCCUUAGAUCUACGGUUAAGCGCGAUGAACUUGAGAUAUACCAAUGA